GAGCGGCGCGGCGCCGGAAGCACCCGGCAGAAGGGUCUCAGUGGAGGAGCCGGCGGCAUGGGGCAGUCAGGACGGUCCAAGCACCAGAAGCGCGCGCGCGCCCAGGCGCAGCUCCGCAACCUCGAGGCCUACGCCGCGCAGCCGCACUCGUUCGUGUUCGCGCGGGGUCGCGCGGGUCGCAGCGUCCGGCAGCUCAGCAUGGACCUUCGUCGGGUCAUGGAGCCCCUCACCGCCACCCGCCUGCAGAUACGAAAGAAAAACACCCUGAAGGAUUGUGUGGCAGUGGCUGGGCCGCUUGGGGUCACACACUUCCUGAUCUUGAGUAAAACGGAGACAAAUAUCUAUUUUAAGCUGAUGCGCCUCCCCGGCGGCCCCACCUUGACCUUCCGGAUCAAUAAGUACACGCUCGUGCGCGACGUGAUCUCCUCCUUGCGCCGACACCGCAUGCACGAGCAGCAGUUUGCCCACCCGCCCCUCCUGGUGCUCAACAGCUUCGGCCCCCAUGGCAUGCACGUGAAGCUCAUGGCCACCAUGUUCCAGAACCUGUUCCCCUCCAUCAACGUUCACAAGGUGAAUCUGAACACCAUCAAGCGCUGCCUUCUCAUCAACUACGAUCCUGAGUCCCAGGAGCUAGAUUUCCGUCAUUACAGCAUCAAAGUCGUUCCUGUGGGCGCGAGUCGGGGGAUGAAGAAGCUUCUACAGGAGAAGUUCCCCAACAUGAGCCGUCUACAGGACAUCAGCGAGCUGCUGGCCACGGGCGCCGGGCUGUCCGAGAGCGAGGCGGAGCCCGAUGGGGAGCACAACAUUACCGAGCUGCCCCAAGCCGUCGCGGGCCGCGGCAACAUGCGGGCCCAGCAGAGCGCCGUGCGGCUCACGGAGAUCGGGCCUCGGAUGACACUGCAGCUCAUCAAAAUCCAGGAGGGCGUUGGGGAGGGCAACGUGCUGUUCCACAGUUUUGUGCACAAGACUGAGGAGGAGCUGCAGGCCAUCCUGGCGGCCAAGGAGGAGAAGCUGCGGCUCAAGGCCCAGAGGCAGGACCAGCAGGCCCAGAACAUCCAGCGCAAGCGGGAGCAGCGGGAGGUGCACAGGAAGAAGAGCCUGGCAGGCAUAAAGCGGGCACGGGCAGAGGCCAGUGGGGAUAGUGAUGCUGAGGACCCCGGUGCCCCCCCGGACACAGAGGGGACUGGCCAGCGAGAGGAAGAGGAGGAUGAAGCCGAGUAUUUCCGCCAGGCAGUGGGAGAGGAGCCUGAUGAGGACAUGUUCCCGAAGGCAGCUAAGCGAAGACGGUCUGCCGGGCCCCGGGGCAAGAAGCUGCGAGGAAGGGAGCAGAGGCCAGAGGGCGGCGCUGACCAGAGGCGUUCAAAGGCCAAGGGCAGGCCGCAGCGGGGCCAGGCCAAGCUGGAACGCAGAGGAGCUGCCUGGGAGCACAGGCGAGGCCGAGGACGGCCAUCUAACAAAGCUGCUUUCUUGAGUGUGUAUUUGGAGCGGGGAGAGCUGAGUUCCGCGGUGGAAAGCCCAGAGCAGCUCGGUCCAGGAGCUUCUGGAACUGGACUGGGUUCUGCCCCAAAGCCAGGUUCUCUCCCGCCUUCUGAGCGGUGGACGUGCAGGGACUUUGUUACAGGUGAGGGCGAUGGGCACGUUCAGUCGGGUGCCUCAGGCUCCUGGGCCUUUCCCCUGCCUGUCCCCGCCUCCCAGACCCCAGGUGCACUUGCAAGCCAGCUGCUCUGGAGGGCAAAGUGUGAGGCGAGAGGAAGCCGGGGGUGGGAGCUGGCUGUUGGCUGGUGCUGGCUGUGGGUGGAGCUGCCAGUGGAGAGGAGGAGGGUGGGGCUGCCGGGAAGGAAGGGGCCACACGGCGCAGGGGCUGGUGCUGGUUCACUGCACAGACUCGCUAGGCCGGUAGCCUGGCUGCGGCAGUGGACCCGGAGGCAGGGCUCGUGGGCCAUGGCCACCACCAUGUCAGGUGCCACACCCUGCCCAGCCAACUUCUCAGCCGCCGCUGAUCGCAUCCUCAGUCGUUUCCAGGAAGACUUUCUGUGGCCUGUGCUGGUGGCCGAGUUCCUGGUGGCCACAGUUAGCAACAGCUUCGCCUUGUGCCGCUUCUGCAAACGGGAGCAGCGCCCGUGGCACCCAGCCGUGGUCUUCUCAGCACAGCUGGCUGUCAGCGACCUGCUCUACGCCCUGACGCUGCUGCCACUGGCCGCCUACCUCUACCCGCCCAAAAACUGGCAGUACGGGGAGCUGUUGUGCCGCCUCGAGCGCUUCCUCUUCACCUGCAACCUGCUGGGCAGCGUCCUCUUCAUCGCCUGCAUCAGUCUGAACCGCUACCUGGGCAUCGUCCACCCCUUCUUCACCCGCAGCAGCCUGCGCGCCCGGCACGCCUGGGCGGUCAGCGCCGCCGUCUGGCUCCUGGCCGCCCUGCUGGCCGCGCCCACGCUCCACUUCGCCCAACUGAAGGGGCCGCAGCAGGAAGGCAACUGCUCCGUGACCAGGCCGGGGGCCUGCACCAAGUGCCUGGGGACCUCGGACCAGCAGCUCGAGGCCUACGGAGUGUACGGCCUGGUGCUGGCCGUCGGGGGCUGCGGCCUGCCGCUGCUGCUCACCCUGGCGGCCUACGGUGCCCUCGGGUGGGCCGUGCUGCGCAGCCAUGGCAUGACAGCAGCCGAGAAGCUGCGGGUGGCGGUGCUGGUGGCCAGCGGCUUGGCCCUCUACGCCAGCUCCUACGUGCCCUACUCCGUGACGCUGGUGCUCAACGUGUACGCCCGGCAGCGCUGGAGAGCUCGCUGCCCAGGCUUUGUGAACUUGGCCGAGGCCGAGGCAGCGCUGGAUCAGAGGACCUACGUGAGCCACCAGGUCAUGCGCGGCCUCAUGCCCGUGGCCAUCUGCAUCCACCCUCUGCUUUACAUGGCGGUGGCACCCAGCUGCGGCCUAGGUCCAGGGAGCUGCCUCGGCUGCAGGGAGAGCCAAGCCCCUGAGGACCCUGGGACCUCUGGCCAAGUCCUGCCCCUCAAUGGCUCAGCCACCUCGGGGCCCUAGGCCCCGGAGCUGAAUCAAUGACUCGGCCUGUUUUGAGCCGCUGCCCCUCACGCUGGAAUCCAGAAGCAGGAUGGGCGCCAAGAGUAAGAAACACUGCUUCCUGUGUGUUCUACAGGCAGGCGUGACUGGGGACCGGUGAGCGGCCAGGGAGGGCAGGCAUUUGUGCCUGAAGUGCUGAUCCCAGAAAGGGCUGGCCCCACAAACCACACAGCAGGUGACGAAUAAACGCGACAGCAUGUGACAA